AUGUCUGGACGUGGCAAGGGCAGGAAGGGCCUUGGUAAAGGUGGAGCCAAGAGGCACAGUAAAGUACUGCGUGACAAGAUCCAGGGCAUCACCAAGCCCGUGAUCCAGCGUCUGGCCUGCCGCGGUGGAGUUAAGAGUAUUUCUAGCCUCAUCUAUGAGGAGACUCCUGGGGUGCUUAUAGUGUUUCUGGAGAACGUGAUCCGGGACGCUGUUUCUUACACCAAGAGCGCCAAGAGCAAGAUCGUUACCGCCAUGGAUGUGGUGUGUGCGCUCAAGCGCCAGGAAUGCACUCUGUACGAUUUUGGUGGUUAA